AUGCCUCGUGAAAAGGAAAAGAGAGGCCGCCGCGCGGAGGCCAAGGCCCAGAAGGAUGAAUCCAAGCGCAAGCGCGACGAGGCGCCAGAAGACCCGAUCGCCAAACGCAUGAAGUCGACCGACGAAACCGACGACAAUCCUCUCGAAGCAAACACAGACUAUAUCCCUCUCGAUGCGGAAGAGCAACAUAUUCAAUUGGAGGGUGGCGAAAAUGCUGGAUCUGGGGAUAUGCCAUUCUACGGUCUGCUCGACGCUGACGAGGCAGAGUACUUCUCACGCGCCAGUGAGAUGCUCGAGUCGAACCAAUUUGGAGACGCGGAAGAACGAGGCUUGUUUGUUGAGAGUGUGUACCAGGAGGCCAAUGGCAAGGAGCUAAAGAUUGCCUGUAGUCAAGGCUGCUCCAGACUUAUGGAAAAAUUGAUCUCAAUGUCAGAUGUCCAUCAGAUUCGUCGCCUCUUCGGCAAGUUCAUUGGACAUUUCCUCCACCUUGUGCAGCAUCGUUUCGCGAGCCAUUGCUGUGAGACACUGUUUAUUCACGCUGCACCAGCAGUUAUGCAAAAGACACCCAAGGCCCACGCCAAAAAGUCGAACGAAGAUGGCGAGGAAACUGAGUCAAAUAUGUCGCUCGCAGACAUGUUCAUGACCGUGAUCAACGAAUUGGAGGGAAAUUGGGGUUAUCUCUUGACCGAGCGGUUCGCAUCACACACGAUCCGAGUUCUGCUCUUAGUUCUUGCCGGAGAGCCGGUUGACGUGACGUCGACCGACUCGAUCGUGGCAAGCCGCAAGAAGGAGAGAUUGGGUCUGACAGCCGCCGGCGCCCAGGAUGAGAAGGAGAAGGCACCCACUGGGAAGCGCAGCGUCCCCGAAUCCUUCCAGCCCGCACUCAAGAAGAUCAUGAACGACAUGGUUUCGGGAAUAGAUGACACAUAUCUGCGCGCCCUUGCUACCCAGCCUGUUGGAAACCCCGUCCUUCAGGUGAUGCUUUUCCUGGAGCUCUCGCACUUUGGCAAGGCUAGCGCCAAGGACCCGAAAUCAAUUUUGCGAAGACUCGUUCCCGACGAGUCUUUCGAAGAGGGUACUGAAAGCGCCACUUUCAUUCGUGGUUUGCUCUAUGAUCCAGUCGGCUCCCGCCUGGUGGAGACCAUGGUGAAGUAUAUGCCGGGAAAGGUAUUCAAGAACUUGUAUAAGAAUACCAUUCGCGAUCGCAUUGGAUCUCUCUCUCGAAACAACACGGCUGGUUACGUGGUUCUUCGCACCUUGGAGAGACUUGGAAAGGAUGAUCUGCAAAGUGCUAUGGAACUGAUCAUCCCCGAGGUCCCCGGUCUGAUCGAAAGGGCAAGGCUCAUCGUCCCUCGCACAUUGAUUGAACGCUGUGUGGUGCGGAACAUCGACACAAAGCCGUUUGCCGAGGCACUUGCGUCUGCUUACGACAAAGACCCCAAAAUACGGCUGCGUCAAAUGCUCCGACUAGGUGAACCCACCGAAGAGUCCGCAAAGGAGGUUGAUCAUGAAAUGGAGGAUGCAGGCGAGGAGGCUCACCAGGAACGCAGAUCUGCUGGAGGCUCUUCCGCUGCAAACGCAGAGAAGCUACAUGGAUCUUUGCUGGCGCAGGCUAUGCUGACUGUCAGUGGACCAUUGAGCGAGCUUGUAUUCUCCAGUCUCCUCGCGCAAGACACCGACACAUUAAUGCAACUUGCCAAAGAGCCUACUUCAUCCCGUGUCCUUCAGCAAGCUCUGACCUCUCCGGCUUCCACCCCGCAAUUCCGCCGACAGUUUGUCUCCCGAUUCCAAGGCCAUCUGGUCGAUCUCGCUCAACACAGCAGCGGCUCCCACGUGGUCGAUGCUCUCUGGGGAGCCACUAAGGACAUCUACUUCGUCAAGGAGCGCAUGGCCCAGGAGCUCGCGCAAAGCGAGAUGCUCCUGCGUGAUUCUUUCUUGGGUCGCGCAGUGUGGAGAAACUGGUCUAUGGAUCUUUACAAGCGCCGCCGAGGCGAGUGGGCAGCCCGGGCUAAGGGACUUGACCAGCAACCGACCGACGACGGCACAGCACCACGACCCAAAUCCAAGAUUCAGCUGGCGGCGGAGCGAUUUGCAGCGAAAAAGGCCGAGGAAGAGCAGAAGAAGGCUGCGACGGAAUCGUAA